GAUUCAGCAUUCACACUUGUUGAAUAAAGAAAGAGAUAAUCACAAUGGUGGAGUGGUCAGCUUCCGAGCGCAGUACUAUUGUUAAUGUCUGGGGCAAAAUCAACGUCGAUGAAAUCGGACCCCAGGCUCUGGCAAGCUAUUUUCAUUGUUUCAUAUGACAGGGUGCUGAUUGUAUAUCCCUGGACUCAGAGGUAUUUCGGUACCUUUGGAAACCUUUCCAGUGCAGCUGCAAUCCAGGGCAAUCCCAAGGUGGCAAAACAUGGUAAAACUGUGCUAAAUGCGUUGGAAAAAGCCGUGAAGAACAUGGAUGACAUCAAAGGCACUUACGCCCAACUCAGCCAGCUGCACUGCGAGAAACUCAACGUCGAUCCAGACAACUUCAGGCUGUUGGCCGAUUGCCUCACCAUUGUCAUUGCGACCAAAUUCGGACCCGCUUUCAACCCUGAAGUUCAGGCCACUUGGCAGAAGCUCCUGUCUGUAGUUGUGUCCGCUCUCACCAGCCGUUAUUUCUGAAGUCCUGCUCGAGAUCUCUGCCUCUAUCCAGUGAUGAUUCAAUGCAUUAAAGCAUUGAAAAAGUACAGGCUAUAAAUACAAUAAAUACAGGCUAUCAAACAA